CUCAAUGGCUUUCUCCCCAGAGCGAUCAUAGCAAUCAUGUCAACACCACAAAAGAAAACUCCGUCUUCUCCGCCCAGAUCUCCCACUUCCCCCGCACGCCGCUCCAAGCGCACUCUCCAACAGCCCUCGUUUCGAACAAAUCCUUGGGGAGCGUUGUUGGCGUUGAUAUCUUGGGUGACGGUAUGGCUAGGGAUCUACGUCCGGCUAGGAUGGUUACGGUUAAACCAUUGGAUAUCCGGAUCUUCGGGAACAGAAACGAGACCAUUCUCCAAUUACAAGAAUAAAAUCGUUAUUAUUGGAGAUGACUUUGCGUUUGGGUACGGUGAUUUUGUCACAUCCGCUGGUGUACCUGGGUUGGCGGGUCACUUGAAACGGGUCCUCCAAAGUGAUCGCUACAAGUUGAGACAGUCAUGGAUUAUAUAUAAUUGCGGUGUGAUAGGAAGCACUUCAGCGGAUUGGUUGCCAAAAAGUGCAAAAGAGGCAAAUAGCCCAAAAACGCAGUUUGAAAAGGUCUUUGAUAAUCCGACGUACGCAGAUGCCGACGCCGUCGUUUUAUUGGUUGGGUUCAAUGACAGUCGCAGCCAACCGGCACUCUCUGCCGAAGACACGGUCCACAACAUUAGUGCAAUUUGCCGUGUUCUCCGCAACAUGGGAAAAGACAUCUGGGUUUGUUCCAUACCAAAUAACGGGGAAGAAGCGAAGGGUGAUGCGGCGUUGGAGGAGAGUAUGCGACGUAAUGAAAUUCUAUUAGGCUGGCUGGAAAACAAUAAGGACGACAUACGUAGUGGUCCACGUAUCGACGUCAUGCAUUACGAGUACCGGCACAAGUCCUUUUGGUAUGUUGACCAGGAUCAUCUAUCGACCAAGGGAUACAGGAAGCUGGCAAAGGAUCUUGCCGACUUGAUGGGAACUGCUCUGGUCAAGAGGGAAUUUGCGAGAUUUCGAAAAGAUCUAGGGAUGUGAUAGUAUGACCGUGGUAACGACAGAUACCGUUGGAGGAUCAACAUACUUAGCCAAAUCAAGUGCCAUAGAAAAGGGGGUCUCAAAUACAUGGUGUUACGGUAUGCCUACUGCUUAGAACCCGUUGAGGGCUGGUUUACCAUAUGAAAUCAAUUGUCAUGAGCGUACAUCUACGCCUAA